AUGGCUAAGAACCCUCCAGAUGAAAGAUUAGUAUACCUGGCGCUGAAAAAUGUCUUCAAGGGACCAGACGCACAGUUGCGUAUCCCAAAGAAGAUCCGGAAGUUGAUCCAGAAGCAGCUGGAAAAUGGACAUGCAGAGCUCCGCGCGCUGGUAGCCGAGCACAAUAUUAACAAUGUCUGCAAUGUCGCGAAGGCCCUGCUUCAAGACAGUAUUUUCUCAUCAACCCUAAGGGCUAAGAUCCGUUUUCCAGAAGUGUUCGAAGUGUCUCCCGCCCAAAGCGCAGAGCGUGUUGCCUCAGAAGCUGAGGCGGCAAGGAGCGAUGCGGAUGCCAUUAGAGAUGCUGCUGAGGGGCUCCACGGGCCGCGGGCUUCGGUAAAAGUUGAUGAGCUUGAUUCAGCUCACAAAGGCAAACGUAAAGCACUGGGCAUAAUCACAGGCCUCAACUUCUCGAUAUCGAAAGCAUUCCUUCCCACAUACGAACGUCUCUGUUCCGUCAUUGUACCCAGUGUACUUGCCUCUCAAUACUCAGCACAGACUUCUGGUGAAGACGUACUUCAAACGAAGGGAUGGGACUGCCCGGAAUCUGUAGAGCUCAAUAUUUGGGCCCGGAUAUUUUGUAGUAAUGAGGACAAGUUUGACGCUGAGAAGCUGGAUCAACUCGGAAAGCCCUUCCCUGAAUUUCUCGACUCGAUAGCGCAAUUACGCCAUACCGCUGUCCACAGGGUCCGAGUGAGUGCAAAUACAGUUAGGCAAUUCAUGAUCGAAGCGGAAUUCCUAGCUGAUAUACUCCACGACAAUAUCUGCGCCCGUACUCUUUCGUGCCUACGACGGGAAGUACAACAGGUUGUCGAUGAGCUGGGACGUAAUAAAGAUCUGUUGGAGUCUAGAUUGACGGAGAAGCUCCAAGAUAUUGAUACUCGAAGGCGUGAGCUAGACAGCCUUGAACGUAAGGCGGUGGAGGAAAUACUCAGAGAGGAUAAAGAAUAUCAAACUCUUGCGAGUAUGAACUUAGAACAAGCUAUCAAUAUACCGGAGAAUGCUCAAGAUAGUACUUCUACGCCCGAGCACGAAACUAGUUCGGAAGCAGAUGUGGACGUCGAGUGCUUUAAGAGAGCUGAUUUUGGUCAAAGCGGGGAAAUUGUAUGA